AUGGGGGCCGGGGCUGGUGUUGUCAUAAUCACCCCUGAGGGUAUACGAUUAGAACAUUCCUUUAGAUUGGGAUUCAAAGCCUCAAACAAUGAAGCCGAGUAUGAGGCCUUAUUGGCCGGUUUGAGGGCCGUAUUGCAUCUGGGCGCGAAAGAUGUAGAGAUUUACUCGGAUUCUCGGCUGGUUGUUUAUCAGAUCACAGGAGACUUCAAGGCUCGGGACUCUCGAAUGAAAGCUUAUCUGAGUGCGGCCAAGCAGAUUAUCAGUCAAUUCGGAACGGUAAAGGUAUCCCAAGUAGCUCGGUCACAAAACAAGCACGCCGACUCCCUUGCCACGUUAGCCUCAUCGGCUACCGAGGACACGCCACGGCUAGUCACAAUAGAACUUAUAAGGGAGCCAAGUAUCAGUGUGAAGAGUAUUCCCAACCAAGCCAGAGUAGAGGUUGCACAGGUAGCAGUGGCUAAUCCGUGUUGGAUGAACCCGAUCAUAGAUUUCCUUGCCGAGGAUAAAGUUCCGGAGGAUGAAGACGAGGCCAACAAGAUUCGUCGGGUGGCUCCCCGGUACUGGUUGUCUUCAGACCGCAAAUUGUACCGAAGGUCCUUCACAGGCCCUUACCUUUUGUGCUUACAUCCCGAGAAAGUCAGAGAGCUUCUGACCGAGCUGCAUGAGGGAGUGUAUGGCGAACAUGUUGGGGGACGGUCUUUAGCACACAAAGCGAUGACCCAGGGGUUUUGGUGGCCACAGAUGCAGAAGGAUGCUGCUGAAUAUGUUCGGAGCUGGGAACAGUAUUACUUCACAAAAUGGGCAGAAGCUGAGGCCUUGGCCAAUAUCCAGGAUACUGACGUAAAAAAGUUUGUAUGGAAAAACAUUGUCAGAAGGUUUGGGGUGCUAAAUUCGCUAGUAACUGACAAUGGGCUACAGUUCGACAGUAAAGCUUUUCGGACCUUCUGCAGCGAACUCGGCAUCAGGAACAAGUUGGACAGGGCAAAAGGAAGAUGGGUAGAAGAGCUACCUAGUGUAUUGUGGGCUUACCGCACGACCCCCAGAAGAUCCACGGGGGAGACCCCGUUUUCUUUGACGUACGGAGCGGAGGCAGUGAUACCAACCGAGGUGAGCUUAUGCAGCGCACAGGUCGUCAGGUUUGACCCCGUCCAGAACGCCGACUUGAUGAUGGAGCGUUUGAAUUGGUUAGAAGAAUGCAGGGAGGCCGCGACCAUACGGCUAGCCAAAUAUCAGCAGAAACUAACCCAAAGAUACAACCGAAAUGUAAAGGGGAGGGAAUUCAGUGCUGGAGAACUAGUGCUAAGACAGGUUGUGGGAAACAUGCGAGACAUAGCUACAGGGAAGCUUGCUCAAACUUGGAGGGACCAUACAGAGUUACAGCCAUCGCGGGUGCAGGGGCCUACUACUUGGAAGACCUCGACGAGAGGCCGCUUCCCCGGCCAUGGAAUGCCAACAACUUAA